AUGGGUUUAACUUUUUCAACACUUUUUCAACAAUUAUUUGGUAAAAAACAAAUGAGAAUUUUAAUGGUUGGUCUUGAUGCUGCUGGUAAGACAACAAUUCUUUAUAAACUUAAAUUAGGAGAAAUUGUAACAACAAUUCCAACUAUUGGUUUUAAUGUUGAAACAGUAGAAUAUAAAAAUAUUAGUUUUACUGUUUGGGAUGUUGGUGGUCAAGAUAAAAUUCGUCCAUUAUGGCGACAUUAUUUUCAAAAUACUCAAGGUCUUAUUUUUGUUGUUGAUAGUAAUGAUCGUGAACGUAUUGGUGAAGCACGUGAUGAACUUCAACGAAUGCUUUCAGAAAAUGAACUUCAAGAUGCUAUACUACUUAUUUUUGCAAAUAAACAAGAUUUACCAAAUGCAAUGAAUGCUGCUGAAAUAACUGAUAAAUUAGGUCUUCAUUCAUUACGUAAUCGUAAUUGGUAUAUUCAAGCAACAUGUGCUACAAAUGGUGAUGGUCUCUGUGAAGGACUUGAUUGGUUAGCAAAUCAAUUAAAAAAUUUAAGAAUGGAAACAUGGCCAGUAGAAGUCAUUCAAGCAUAUAAUAGAUCAAAAUUUUCUCGUGAUGAAACAAAAAAAUAUGAAUUGAUUGUCUAUAAACCAAUUGAAUCAGUUUUACAAGAUGGUCCACAAUGUGGAAUUGUUGCUCUUGCAAUGGCGAUGAAUAUUCAUUCAUGUAAUACAACAGUAGAAAAUAUAUUCGAAAAAGCUAAAGAACUUUUAUAUACAAUUCAAGGUGAAUUAUUCGAUGCUCGUGUAAUACCGAAUCUAUGUCAACAAUUUAAUUUAAAAGCUGCACUUCAUCAAUGGACAAAUAUAACUGAUCUUAUUGAAUGUUUAAAAUCAAAUUAUAUUUGUCUUGUUCCAUAUGAUACUGAUGCAAAUCAUGAACCAUGUCUUAAAAAAGGUCAUCGAGCUCAUUGGCUUCUUGUACAUGGUUAUUUAAAAGAAUUAACAUCAUCAUCGAAUGAUUAUGAUUUAGUAUUAGUACGACAUGGAAGAAGUAAAAAUCUUGGUGCAUUUUCACUUUUGGAUUUAUUUCAAAGUAAUAAACAAUUAAUUGAAGCUGAUCCUAAACGUCGACUUGAAUCAAAUUAUUGUGUACCACAAAAUGGAUCUCUUCGAGAAACUUUAUGCAAUUUAUUUAUUACAAUAUAA